AUGGCUACCCAGGACCACCAGAAUGAAUCAGGCGGUAGCGAUUUUGCGCGGGCCCUUGCUGGGCUGUUAACAGCUCAGAACUCAUGUCCGGUGCAUGAGGAAUGUGAUAGCACCUGUCCUAGACGUAUCGGUAUCCGUCGAUAUCGAGAAAUGCCCGAUGGUGAGAGGCGAGAUGAAGUGGACAUGAGAGCGCAGUUAGCAGCGAUGAGUCUCGUUACAGGGACUCUUGAACGAACAGAGCCGCUAGCAAUUGGUGACGAUGUGCCUCAUUUUAUAUACUCGCCUCUCGCACGACCAAAUAGUAUGAUCCGGCUGUUAAAGAUUAAACGGGGCAUCUUUAGGGCUGACCCUGUUGACUGUGAAAUGAUCCAUUUCGAUAUCAGUAGCGCCCCCGCCUAUGGAGCCCUCUCAUACUGCUGGGGAGAGCCUCCAGAAGAUCGCAAGGUUUUGUGUAAUGGCAAGGUAUUCUACAGCCGGGCUAGUCUUGAGCGCGCACUGAAGCGACUUCGUGCUGGGUUCAGACCCGGCCAAAGAGAGGAGUAUAUCUGGGCGGAUGCUCUCUGUAUCAACCAGCGGGACCUCGCCGAGAAAGACUGCCAGAUUCGUCUUAUGGAGCUCAUCUACUCGAGUGCAGCCACUGUUUAUAUAGACCUUGGAGACACGGAAGGUUCUGAGAUCUCACUCGGCGGCAUGACGCUUCGGUUUGGCGGAGCUGGAGGGAUGGGCGCGCAGGACAUACUGACUGAAUCAGACCACCAGGAUCACCCUUUUCAUUACAAGACGGCCUUCCAGGCCCUUGCCCAGCCGUGGUUUACUAGGACAUGGACCAUCCAAGAGGCUGUCCUGGCUCGACGGGCCAAAUACAUAUUCCAGGGCAACGUCUUUACCCAGGAGCACCUGGAUAGCAUCCUUAGCGUAGAUUCCAUGCGAGCAAACCCAACCCGUCUCCGUGAAUUAAUGGAAAACAACGUUGGGGCACGAGGAUUUUUGAACUACUCCAAGCUACAGAAGAUUAGGAAUUACGACGGGAAGAUGGACUCAUUGGAGUUGAUCCAGCUUACGCGAGACUUUGCAGCAACCUAUCCAGAAGACAAGAUCUUUGGGUUAUUUGCACUGAUGAGUGAUGCGGAUCGCGAAGCAAUCGGGCCUUAUACUCGAUCCGUAGAGCAAGUCUUCCGACGUUUUGCCGCUUUGCAAGUUCGUCGAGGCCGAACCAUCACGAUGCUCAAUAGUGCAGGCCUCCAGAGACGACGCCUUCAGGGAGUUAAUCUCCCUUCUUGGGUACCGGACUGGACAGCACAGGGCAUGUCACCGAAAGAUAUCUCCACUCUCCGACCAGUGCCAUACUCGGCAUCGGGGGCUGCACAGGCGAAUGUUCAGCUCAUUGGCGAUGCAACAGGAGCAGGAGGGCUCAGCAUUCGCGGCCUCCUCAUAGGCACCAUCGACGCCGUAGCACAUGUGCAUAGCGCACCUCGAACACCCCAAGGCGGCCCUGACUUUCUAGUCUUCCACGACAAGUUCCGUGCUUCCUUCGAUGAACUUGUCCGUCAGAGUAGGUCCAUAUAUAUCAAUAACGAUGAGGCGUUUGCUCGCCUCCUGCUGAUGGAUGAUAUGUAUACGGGCCGCAACGCUAUCCAGUAUAGCAGUCCCAUCGUUGAUCCUGCAGCGACGUACAGGGAAGCGCUGGCUGCAUGGAGAGAAGGGAAAGCAGACUAUCAGCGUGCAAUGGGAGGCGGUAAAAUGACUGCCGUACAAACAUAUCAGAUGCAGGCGAGCACAGCGGCUAUUGGCCGCGGUUUUGCAACCACAAGGGCUGGAUAUAUUGGAUUGGUGCCGCCUUACGCACAAGUUGGGGAUUUAGUAGUGGUGCUUUUUGGUGCUGCAGUCCCGUAUAUAGUGCGCAGGGUGCAGAAUGGAUAUUUGCUCAUUGGCGAUGCGUUCGUCCACGGUUUUAUGUAUGGUGAGGCUUUGGGGAGGCAGGAAUUCCAACCGGUGGAUAUCGUGCUUGUUUGA